GCAAAUGCAAUUAAGCCACAAAAGACAACAUUCCACAUGCAAGAGGGUGCGCGUGUAUGGAAAUUGGUGCAACAGUGCAAACCCUGCCCAGUCGGCCUCCCACAAGCCCAUGUGAAUUGUGACACAAGCGUGGUCUCUCAGCAUGGUACAGUACAUUGUGUGAGUGUGUGCGUGCACGUAGGGUGGGAGGUCAGACCUCCAAAUUUACCAGGGUGCGCAGCAGCUGUCCACUGGCAUGUCAACGGCACCGUCAGCGCACUCCUUGCAGGGGUUCACAAGUGAUCCGCUGUGCCUACAGUGCGCUUUGUGACGGCUCUCCCUUCACUCGUCUUCAUCGCCCGCGGCCUCAAAUAUGGCGGACCAGUACCAGUACAACACCAACGAGGAGAAGAUCAUGAAGGACAGCAACACCAAGGAGAUCGAUCUUAUCAACAGAGACCCGAAGCAGAUCAACGAGGACGUGGUGAAGGUAGAGUUCGAGGAUGUGAUCGCAGAGCCAGACGGGACACACAGCCUGGACGGCGUCUGGAAGCUCAGCUAUACCACCUUCACCGUGUCCAAGUACUGGUGCUACCGCAUUCUGUCGGCCAUCUUCGGCAUCCCCGUAGCUCUGCUCUGGGGCUUCUUGUUCGCCUUGAUCUCCUUCUGCCACAUCUGGGCUGUUAUGCCCUGCAUCAAGAGCUGCCUGAUCGAGUCGCAAUGCGUCAGCCGCAUUUAUUUGCUGUGCAUUCAGACCUUCUGCGAUCCUUUGUUCGAAGCCGUGGGCAAGGUCUUCGGCAGCGUGCGCGUGGCACUGCGCAAGGAAGUCUAAAAGACUCACCCGACACGCCUGAGGAAAAUGCGAUCAGACGAGGCCUGCUCUCUUUUUCUACACUUCCCUGUCACGGAACCGUACUACUAUUCUGUUCAGCAACCUCUCCCCAUGGAGAGGUCUGUUUUUGAGAGAUUUUACUUGGAUUUUGUACAAAAAAAAAAGUAGCAUUAAUUAGUAGAAAAUUUCUAUAUACCGUUCUGUUCCCUACCCUCUUAUUCUAGAGGGGUCUGUCUUCAAAAGAUUUCCGUAGAAUUUUUGUACAAAAGAAGUGAUGUAUAAAAUUGAUAAAGUGGCAUCUUAUGAGAUUUUUGAAAGCUUUUGCCCAUAAAAUUAGUUACUAGCAGAAAAUUGGCAUAUUUGUACCAUUUUGGCACCCUACCUUGCCCUCCUGUUAUCAUGAGAUUUUUAGCAGGAUCUUAUGGGGG